CAGCCCGGCCAAUCGUGUCGCGCUGUGCUUCAGCACCAUUGCAGUGUGGGGAGAUCAUACGGAGGUGUAGCUCGCUGAGACAGGGAUCAUUUGGAGGAAAGAUACUCGACCUGGGUGACCGCUCUGGGCAAACACCAUCCCCAAUACAGUCACCGUGUGACAUUGCCAUAAGCAGCUUCAGUCCGGGUAACCCUCAGUGAUUGACAGAUGUGUGACACUGUGGAGAACCAUCUGCCUCUCCUAGUGGAGAUUUGAGUUCUGGGACACUGAGGCAGCCGAGGGGGGGUCUCUGAGGAAGAUGCUGGGUUCAGAGCGCGGUGUUGUCGAAGAAUGGCUCUCAGAAUUCAAGUCCUUACCAGAAACCCACAUCCCCAGCUACGCCGGCAGCCUUCAUCUGAAGAAGUCCCUGGUGCCAGCUCUCUACAGAGUCAUCCAGGACCCGAACAAUGAGCUGCUGGAGCCUGUGUGCCACCAACUGUUCGAGCUGUACCGCAGCUCUGAAGACCGCCUGCGCCGGUUCACCCUGCAGUUCCUGCCUGAGCUGGUGUGGGUAUAUCUGCGCAUCACAGCAAGCAGAGAUCGCCAGAGCAAUGGGUGCAUCGAGGCCCUCCUCCUGGGCAUCUAUAACUUGGAGAUCGUGGACAAAGACGGCAACAGCAGGCUCCUUUCCUUCACAAUCCCAUCUCUCUCCAAACCAUCGAUAUAUCAUGAGCCUUCUAGCCUGGGGUCCAUGGCAUUGACAGAGGGGGCCCUCUGUCAACAUGACCUGAUCAGAGUGGUGUACAGCGGCCUCCACCCACAGAGAGAGACCUUUACGGCUCAGAACAGGUUUGAAGUGCUGUGUUUCCUCAUGCUCUGCUACAACUCCGCUGUGGUCUACAUGCCCCUCUCUUCCUAUCAGUCAGUCUGCAGAAUGAGCUCACGGCUGUGUGUGUGUGGCUUCCCCCGGCAGCAGCAGAAGCUUUGGAGGGAACCGUGCAACAGAGUGCUGCUGGACCCCGAGUUCAUGGUGCAGAUGCUGACUGCUGUUUAUCACGCCAUAUACAAUGGAGAGUGGGAGAUGGGACGGGAAGCUUUGGAGGACAUUCUGUACAGAGCCCAGCUGGAGCUUUACUCCCAGCCUCUCCUGCUGGGGAACGCCAUGAAGAACUCGCUGCCAGAGAGCGCUCCCAAUGAGCCACGGGGGCGCAAGGUGCUCCAGGUGGAGGUGACGCCCACCAUCAGCCGCAUCUCCAUCUCAGCCAUCACCACCGCCUCCAUACGACGCCACCGCUGGAAGAGAGAGGAUUGUUUUGACUACUCAACCGAUGCAGAGUUGAGCCUCGUCGUCAAUCCUCCUAGCCUCGCCCAGCACCAGCAGCACCACACUCCCUGGGAGCCCGCGGCCAAAGAGGAACGAGAAGGGCGGCCUCACAGCCACCACAGCAGCAGCAGCAGCAGCAUCAUUCCCCCCAUCACAUUUGAGGAUGCUGAUGGUAUGAGUGGCGGCGAAGAUUCCUUCAAUGUCAAUGACCCGGAUGAGGGUUUCUCCUCCGGAGCGUCUAACAGCAGCCAGCCCAGCGGCACCAAGGCAGGCGGCGGAGUGGGGCCGAGGGGCGGCAGCCUGAACAGCAGCAGCAGCAGCAUCAAGAAAGCCAUCACAGCCCGGCUGUCUCGAGACAAGGAGAGGGAGCGGGAGAAGGAACGGGAGAGGGAGGCGGAAAAAUCGGCCGAUUUGUCAGCGGAUCAUCAGGCUGCUGUGAGGCGGCACCACCCGAGGCAGCAGUCGCCUCCAGCCAGCAUCAACUUGGAUGCCAUCCAGCUGAGUCCCAUAAAGAAGCACCUGAGCUUCCCUGUGGGGCCAACGCUGGUGCGGACUGGCAGCACCUCCUCCAGCAAGUCCUUUGACUGCAUGAAUUUCAACCUGAACGGAGGCGAUGACGAACGAGAGGAGGCGGCGGGAGGCUCUGACAAGGAGGGAGGGCUUCCAGCAGGCGGCACCCACCGCCACUCUACCAUCAGCCUGCAGGAGGAGCACCUCAUCAGGCCAGAGGACGCCCAGGACCUCCUGUCUCCUGGAGCUCCUCUCACCAAGCAGUCGCGCUCCCCCAGUUUCAACAUGCAGAUCAUAUCACAGGUCUAACGUGCAAUGCAGGGCAUGGUACACACACACACACACACACACACACACACACACACACACACACACACACAAACACACACAAACAAACACACACACUCACACGUACACACACUCAAAACACAAAAUUACCUGCUCAUAACACUCAUCCUCAUGCAGUUUUUCUCUGCAACUCUUUAAAACCCUACUAUGACAACUUCUGUCUACCUAUCUGUGUUGGUGUGUGUGUGCGUGUGCUCAAGAGUUGUGUCUCCACCCUUUUAACAUCCAUAACAAUCUUGACCUGUAGUCAUCGCUGGUGGGUUUUAGCGUUACUGAAAAUGCACCAAGAGAUAAAUGAUGACAUCCCACUGCUGUAACUCCAAUCCAGCAUGUCACUGCAUCCUCCCGUCUGACGGAGCUGAGCGUCCCACACACAGACUCCGCUCUGAAAGGAGGAAGUGUUGAGAAAACUUGUGCAGAUGCCAUGCUAGCUGUAGGGGACGUGUUUUACAUUUCAGAUUUUUUUUUGAGUUCCUGACUGAAUCAGUCAAAAAAAAUGAAUCAGCAAUAACACUUACCGUUGCUCAUGUGGAGAAGAGUUACUCUUUCUCUUCAUUCCUUCCCUUUCUUUCCCGGGCUCACGUGCAAUCGUUCUUGCUGAUUAUCUUCCUUGUUAAUUAGGCAUAAAGGGUUUUAUGAAUAAAAUGUCUUUAAUUUUUUUUAAUCACAAUCCAAAGAAGGUAGCAUUUCUUCUUUUUAUCACUUGUUUGACAGUGAUUUGGCAGCAAUCAUUCAGGAGUGAUUCUCUAGUUUUCAGCCCAUGACCUUCCUUUUAUUCUAAUAUUUGAUCUGUAAAAUCAGUCUUUUAAGAUUGUUGAAAAACCAAACUGGAAUGUGGUAUGGGUUUGUCUUGCCCCAAGCUUUUAACUGGACAAAUCUGAAGAAAUAACUACUGUGCAGCUUCAUCUUGGGACUUGAUUUAAAAAUCUGAAGCUGAAUCUUGUGGAAAAACUGGAUGAAAACGUUGUAGACGGUGCGGGUUUGUGUCUGAAGCUAAAAGGCAACGACUGUAUUUUAUAUUGGAUUGUUAUUAUGGUUCAAACCAUUGAAUGGGUCCUUCCAUCUGAAAGCACUUGUAGGUGUGUUGUCGGGCUCCGGCUUGUGUAAGUGGUGUCGUGUCUGAGCUGGUGGCGUACUGCCCUCUGGAGGCUUGUACUUGUGCUCUGAUUGAAUGCUCAUGAAACAUUUUGUUCUACCUCAUUGUGUGUUCACCCUGCCACUCAACCUGUCUCCCAGUCAAGAUGCGGGAUUCAAAGACCCCCAUUAGGAACAUGGAGUGCUUGACCAGUUUAAAUAGUGCAACUGUAACGACACUGUAAAAUCUGUUCAUGUGAGGAGCUGCGAAUGAAUAUCUCGGCCUUGCAUUUCAGUUCACCACGCACAAAACCGAGCUGCAAAACUAGAACACGACUGUCUUCAGGUUUUCUGUCAUAUAUCAAACAACCAUGUCAGGAUUACCCUGAUCAUUUCAAUUCCCUACAAAUGUCCUGCUUAUCUUUUUUUUCUUCUUUUUAAUGUAAUAUUUUUGAAGUGCAAUUUUUUUACCCUCAUGUGCAUGGAGUUGGAUCUUCUCUGCUGUUAAAAUGCCUGCAUCUGCGCACAGUGCUAGCCAGCCUUCUGUAGUGCUCCCUGCCCAGGCUGAGUGAUUUGAACAUGGCGUGCUUGUCUUGCAUGUUUAGUGCCCUGCAAAGCACUGCUGUUUCAGAUGCGUGAAACAGCCAGCGAGCCAAACCCCAAGUCUCGUCCUCGUCCUUUUGCCAGAUGUGCCAAUACACAUCCUCUCCUUAAGGAAAUUAUGUUUUGCUUGGGGUGUCUUAAGUUAAAAUGCCUAUUUUUUUUCUCUGUUUACUGGUCUUAUUUUAAAGUUAAGGGACAUAAAAGGGAUGUUUGGACGUAUGGCUCAACGUGCCCUUAGAUGCAGCUUCACCUCUUUUUUUUUUUGCCAUGAAUUUUCUUUUCACUCAUCACAGGUGUGUGCUGUACUUUGACAGUCAUCACUAUUUGCUGUUCACAUGUAAAAGCAGUAUAUUAUGUGUACCGUGGAUGUCAGCUGUUGUAUUGCAUUUCCCACGUCUUGCUCACGUGCUCGUUUAAAAUGAGGAUGAAUGAUUUAAUGUAUAUAAAAGUCAGUUCAGUCUGCAGUGAAAAGUCCCCACAUGCUCCCACUGUGCUGGAAAAACCCUUCACAGCUGCUGCUCCUGGUCCUGAGUGAGUCCUGUGUGCGCUUUAGCCUUAAACAUUUUCAGGCCACAAAGUCGUCGGCUCUUUGGCCUCACGUGCUCCUGCUCCUCCUGGACUGUGGACGAAGAGAGGAGUGCAGCUACAGUUCACACUCUCACCUGGUCUGUCUGCUGUCACCCCCAUGCUGUGUGGCUCACAAUAAGCCGUGUUCCCAUUUGCUGUAUUUUGCGUGGCACCUUUUUUGCUGUUUUGAAUACUGGUGACGUGUUCAUGUCAUUAUUAUGAGUGCCCCUUACAGAGGUUACCAGCAGCUAUGUUGGUACUGUAUGUUGACGUAGAGUAAUGGAUAGACGAUUAUCCCUCUGUGUCUGGUGUUAUUUGCAUGUGAUCAGGGCGGGAAAUGAACACCAGGUGCUGAAUGUUGAUAAAACUCAACUGUGGCUGCAAAUUUUAUCUGCUACCAAUUUUUGGUAGCUCAGACAUCCACAAGGUCCACUUGCAUUUCAAAAAAAAACAUUGAAUUUCAGUGGUUUAAAAAAAGGGGUUCAAUUUGUACUUGUUCAGCCUCUUUUGCUGGUGGAAAAAGUCCAUUUCCUGUCCUGCAUGUGAUAAGUGUGGGCUUUUGUUUUCAUACAGUAUAAUGCACUUUAAUCCAUCCACCUCUCUCCUCAAGAUAGUUAUUGAAAUGAUAUAUAUAGAUGUGCAAACAUGUAUACACUCAAUGCAGGGUUUUAGUCUCUUAAAAGUAGUACUUCUAUGUGAUGUCACAUCCAACACAAUGCUAUUUUUUUUAAAGUCUAAGGGUACAGCUAUUUAUUUUUUCUUUUCAAAACCAAAAAAAAAAAAAAAUGUUAAGGGGGUUCUGGAAGGUCUCAGGAGUUCAACAAAAAGCCACAUUUUUGGCAGCACCAAAAUUUCUGUUCUUGAAGUCAGAAUUGAUUCUAUGCAACAUUUUUUCCCCCUUUUUUUGUUUUUGGUGUAACCGGCUUUCAUUGAUCCGUGUCGGGUGGGAAGGGGCAGAUGCAUUUAAGCUAAUUUUUAAAGUGCAACAGCGUCCCCCGCCCCUAUCCACAGAUUCUGUUUAUACACCCUGUUGUGGUGCUGCAGAGCUAAGGACCUCUCUCAUGUGGGUGAAAUAAGACCAUCCAUUUGUCAUCCGACUGCCCUCACAGAGUGAAAGCCACACCGGGACCUUUGGUGCAUGUCGAGCCCUUCUGUCAGUUUGCUGCUCUGUGGCUCAAAGACGUCAGUUGGUGUAUGAAACGUAAGAUUAUCAAUGAUGAAUCUAAUCUAGAUGCUUCGAGGGAAGCUGCUGGACGAUGUGAUAACACUGUACUAUUGAUGUUGUAUAAAUGGAGAGAAAGACUUAUUUUAAAUCUUGUAAAUAGAAAAUGUACAAAGGUGAAAGCAAAAUAAAUAUAAAAAACCGAACAUCAGUCUGAGAUGUAGAGAGAAAUUAAUCUGUAUAUUGUUGAAUAAAUAUUGUGCCGUAAGGGA